AUGAAAGUCUUCUUUUUACUGCUGUUGCACCUAGCAAACUGUGCAGUAGACCCACCAGAUUAUAGUAAAUUUCCGAGAAUUACUCCUGCCAAAUAUCGCGAGGGUCAUCGAUACUACAUUGACGUAGACAACGUCGGCAGUGACAUCAAAUAUAAGCCAAUAGCAAUAUACGUUCAUGGAAAGGAAAUAGUCUUUGGCGAAUUUAAUGAAGAUAAUCCAUGUGCGACUUUUGCUAGUUACCACACAACCAUACAAAAAUGCCAACACAAUUUUUUCUUGCUACAUGCGGACUUCGACUAUUUCGAAAGAAAACCGUUGUCAGCGGCACUUGACGACAAGACUUGCAACAUCGUUGGAUUCGAAGACAGUAUCAUUGUGCUCGCAAAAUAUGAUGUGAUGGACCCAAAUUCGCCGAAGGCUGUUGGAACUUAUUCACGUAAAAGAGAUGCCGUUUAUUAUGUGGAUCACCUUGGCAAUAAAGUUUCCUUCAGACGGUGGUCGGUCAAAAUUAAAAAGCUCCAAAUCAGUCCCCUCAAAUUCGAUGUACUUUGUCGCGGAUACUACACGUAUUUUUAA